AUGAAUCCUGGAUCUAUCCGCAAAGAGGAUGUCGAGAUUGUCGAUCAGCCUUCUCAUGUCGAGACUCUCCCCAAGCCUUCGCAUAUCACGGAGAUUGACACUUUUCGUGUCGUCGGUUUGACCCCCGAUGAUGAGCAGUUUUAUAUCAAUUUCUCUCAGGAACGUCGGAAGAAGGUCUUUCGGAAGGUGGAUGUUCGUUUGGUCCCGAUGCUGGCGUUGCUGUACUUGAUGUGCCAUAUCGACCGUGCGAAUAUCGGAAAUGCCAAGAUCGAAGGCAUGGUUCAGGAUCUAGGUAUGACGGGAGUGCAGUACAAUACUGUGCUUUCAAUCUUCUUCAUUCCCUAUGUGCUGUUCGAAGUCCCUAGCAACAUCCUUCUCAAGAAAUUCAAACGCCCUUCAACCUACCUGGGCAUUCUUGUCGUCAGCUGGGGAAUUGUCAUGACAUGCACGGGUCUCGUCAAGAACUUUGCAGGUCUUAUGACUACUCGAGUGCUGCUGGGUAUCUUCGAGGCUGGCUUCUUCCCGGGUGCCAUUUAUCUCUGCUCUUACUGGUACAUGCCAAAAGACCUGGCUCUCCGCAUUUCAUACUUCUACUGUGCCAGUGCAUUGUCCGGUGCCUUCUCCGGUCUACUAGCCGCCGCCAUCGCCAAGAUGGAUGGUAUCGGCGGCCUGGAAGGCUGGCGAUGGAUUUUCCUCCUAGAGGGACUCUUGAGUGUCGUUCUAGGUGUAAUGUGUUUCUUCCUCCUCAUCGACACCCCCGCGUUCUCCACGCGCUGGCUGUCUCCCGAGGAAGUUCGUUUCCUCGAGCUCUCCAUGUUCAUCAAGCAAGGUGGAACCAGCAGUGAAGAAACAAGCUUCAAGAUGCGAGAUCUGAAGAAAGUGCUGCAGAACUGGAGAAUCUACGUGCAAGCUUAUUUCUUGCUGUGCCAGUCAGCCCUGUCCUAUGGCACCAAAUUCACUCUUCCCACCAUCACCAAAGCAAUGGGCUUCAGCUCGACCAACGCCCAACUAACCUCCGCUCCACCCUACGUCGUCGCAGCCAUCUCAGCUAUCAUCUUCGCCCGACUAUCCGAUCGCUUCUACUGGCGAAUGCCAUUCGUAGCCAUCCCCAUGAUAAUCGUGGUAAUCGCCUACGCAAUCCUCUUCUCUCUCAACGGCGCCCUCGAAUCAAAGCGCGGAGUAGCCUACUUCGCCGUCGUCCUCGGCGUAGCCGGAAUCUACCCGAUACAAUCCGCCGCCGCAUCGUGGAACGCGAACAACAUCGCUCCAUCUGCGCGCCGAGCCAUCGGCAUUGCGCUCAUGAACUGCGUUGGAAAUGUUGGCGGCAUUGUGGGCAGUUUCAUGUACAUUGAGAAGGAGAAUCCCAAGUAUCCCACUGGCUUUGGGCUUAGUCUUGCGCUCGCUGGGUUUGGCCUGUUUGUUGCUUUCUUCCUUGAGUGGAGUUAUAAGAAGGGGAAUGCGCGGAAGGCUAAGGUGGCGGAUGAGGCGAGGGUCAAGUACACGGAGGAUGAGCUGUUUGAUAUGGGUGAUAAGUCGCCGCUGUUCAAAUAUGUGCUGUAA